GUGCAAAGGUAUUGCCUUUCUAAAGGUUUUUGUUUUAACUUUCAUUAAAGAAAGAGAAGGUUUUUGGACUGUUAAGAAGCCAAAGGUACUUUUUUAAGGGUUUUUGUGGUUAAAAAUUCUCCUGGGUCCCUUUCCUUAAUGCAGCCUGAUUUGCAAUUUGAAGCCGACUUCUAGUUUGUUCAUGGGUUUGUUGUAGCUGAUUGUGCUGAGCACUGUGAAGCAAUGUGGAGGAGCCAUUGAUAGGCCAACUAUGCUCCGUCGGCUUUUAGUGCUGUCCCUUCUUCUUAUUUCUGCCAUGGGGCAGCUCCCUUCACAAGAUAUUUUGGCUCUGCUUCAGUUCAAGAAGGGUAUCAAGCAUGAUCCCACUGGUUAUGUCCUCAAUUCGUGGAAUGAUGAAUCCAUUGACUUUGAUGGCUGUCCUUCUUCUUGGAAUGGAGUCGUAUGUAAUGGUGGAAAUGUUGCUGGAGUUGUCCUUGAUAAUUUGAGUCUCUCCGCGGAUGUGGACUUGAGCGUGUUUUCGAAUCUAACAAAGCUGGUGAAACUUUCCAUGUCCAAUAAUACGAUAAUGGGGAAGAUUCCCCACAACAUAGCCGACUUCAAAAGCCUUGAGUUUCUUGAUCUCUCCAAUAAUUUAUUUUCUUCAUCUUUACCACCUGGAAUUGGUAGGUUAGGGAGCUUAAGGAACCUCUCAUUAGGUGGUAACAACUUCUCGGGCUCUAUUCCAGAUUCGAUUUCAGGGCUUUCCUCAGUUCAGUCAUUGGACUUGAGUCGCAACUCCUUGUCCGGCCCACUUCCGACAUCGUUGACAAAGCUGUCUAAUCUGGUAUCUCUAAAUCUGUCUUUAAAUGAAUUUACCAAGAGAAUACCCAAGGGGUUUGAACUAAUUUCAAGUCUUGAUGUGCUUGACUUGCAUGGGAAUAUGCUCGAUGGUCAUAUCGAUGUGGGAUUUUUUAUGCUAUCAAGUGCCACUCAUGUGGAUUUUAGUGGCAAUAUGUUUUCUAGUUCUAGUUCACAGCAGCAGAAAUUUCUACCUCGUCUUUCUGAGACUAUUAAGUACUUGAAUCUUAGCCACAACCAGCUCACUGGGUCACUGGUAAGUGGGGGUGAGCUACAGAUGUUUGAAAACUUGAAAGUGUUGGAUCUCAGCUACAACCAGCUGUCAGGGGAAUUGCCUGGAUUUAAUUUUGUCUAUGACCUCCAAGUCCUCAAACUCAGCAACAACAGAUUUACUGGAGAUAUUCCUAAUGGUGUAUUAAAAGGAGAUUCUCUAGUUUUAAGUGAACUAGAUUUGAGUGGCAACAAUCUCUCAGGACCAGUAAAUAUGAUUACAUCAACAAAUCUGCGAAUCCUCAAUCUCUCCUCAAAUGGGCUUACUGGUGAGUUGCCAUUGCUGACUGGAAGUUGUGCUGUACUUGAUCUAUCAGAUAACAAAUUCGAAGGAAACUUAACCAGGAUGGUGAAAUGGGGGAACAUUGAAUUUCUUGAUCUGAGUCAAAAUCAUUUGACAGGGCCCAUUCCUGAUGUGACCCCACAAUUUCUGCGUUUAAAUUAUCUCAAUCUCUCCCAUAAUGCUCUUAGUGGUUCCAUAGCAAGUGUUAUAACACAGUAUCCAAAGAUUAGUGUCCUUGAUCUCAGUUCUAAUCAGUUAGAUGGAACCGUUCUAGCUGAGUUGCUAGCAAUGCCCACUUUGCAAGAACUCCACCUUCAUAAUAAUUUACUUACUGGCUCUAUUAACAUUUCAUCUCCUUUGUCAAGUGAGUCAAAUCUUCAGGUUCUUGAUCUUUCUCAGAACCAGCUUAGUGGCUAUUUUCCUGAUCAUUUUGGUUCAUUGAAGGGACUUAAAGAGCUUAAUAUGGCGAGAAAUAAUUUUUCUGGCUCUCUGCCGACGUCCAUCACUGACAUGACCACAUUAAGCUCAUUAGACAUAUCGCAGAAUCAUUUUACAGGUCCUUUGCCAAAUAACUUCCCCAACAGUCUUGAAAGCUUUAAUGCUUCAUACAAUGAUCUUUCUGGAGAUGUCCCAGACAAUUUGAAAAAGUUUCCAAGUUCUUCCUUCUAUCCGGGGAAUACACGUUUGCAUUUUCCAAAUGGUCCUCCUGGAUCGACCAGUUCCCCAACUGAAAAUUCGAAGAGGAAACCGAUCAACACAAUUGUCAAAGUAAUUAUUAUAGUUUCAUGUGUGGUUGCUGUCUUCAUUCUUCUUUUGCUUGCUAUCUUCAUACACUACAUUCGCAUGUCAAGAAGAAUCCCAUCAGAGCAUACUACAACCAAAGACAUCCACAGACGCGCUCCACCAAACCCAUCUGGUGUACGUGGAACUGACAAUGGUGGUGGUUUGGUUGUUUCAGCUGAGGAUCUUGUGGCUUCACAAAAAGGAUCAUCAUCUGAAAUUGUCAGCCCUGACAAAAAAGUUGCGUCUGUAACUGGCUUCUCCCCUGCAAAGCACAGCCAUUAUUCUUGGUCACCAGAAUCUGGAGAGUCAUUCACUGCAGAAAACCUUGCAAGACUGGAUGUGAGGUCGCCAGAUAGAUUGGUUGGUGAGCUGCAUUUUCUUGAUGAUACAAUUGCAUUAACCCCUGAGGAGCUGUCAAGGGCCCCCGCUGAAGUUCUGGGGAGAAGUAGCCAUGGAACUUCUUAUAAAGCAACACUUGAUAAUGGGCUGUUCUUGACAGUUAAGUGGUUGAGAGAAGGGGUGGCAAAACAGAAAAAGGAGUUUGCGAAGGAGGCUAAAAAAUUUGCAAAUAUGAGGCAUCCAAAUGUUGUAGGUUUGAGAGGGUACUAUUGGGGCCCCACACAGCAUGAGAAGCUCAUUCUUUCAGAUUAUAUCUCACCUGGAAGUCUUGCAAGCUUUCUUUACGACCGGCCAGGAAGAAAGGGCCCUCCAUUGACCUGGGUCCAACGGCUCAAAAUUGCAGUUGAUGUUGCACGUGGCCUGAACUAUCUCCAUUUUGAUCGUGCUGUUCCGCACGGUAACCUUAAAGCAACAAAUAUUUUGUUGGACGGGCCUGAGCUGAAUGCCCGUGUUGCUGAUUACUGCCUCCACCGCCUCAUGACCCAAGCUGGCACCAUUGAACAGAUUCUUGAUGCUGGUGUGCUAGGUUACCGUGCACCAGAGUUGGCUUCUUCCAAGAAGCCGCUUCCCUCCUUCAAGUCUGAUGUUUAUGCCUUUGGAGUGAUACUGUUGGAACUUUUAACUGGAAGGUGUGCUGGCGAUGUGAUUUCAGGUGAAGCAGGUGGGGUUGAUUUGACAGAUUGGGUUCGGUUGAGGGUAGCAGAAGGCCGUGGCUCUGAUUGUUUUGAUGCUACAUUGGUGCCAGAAAUGGGAAUGCCAGCAGCAGAGAAGGGAAUGAAGGAGGUCCUUGGUAUAUCUUUACGAUGUAUACGGUCUGUUUCUGAGAGGCCAGGUAUUAAGACUAUAUAUGAGGAUCUCUCCUCCAUAUAGUUAGGUUUUGAAUUAACUUAUUUGAACUUUUUCCUUUUUGGGAGGGAAUUUAAUAUCUCAUUGGCCUCCCUUUUGUAUCCUUUGGUGUUCUAGUGUGAUCAGCUAAUUAACCAUUGUGUAAAUGGAGCAUAUUUCAAAGGAUGUAAUUUUUGUUUUUAAACUUUGUUCCACUUCCAUGACGAGCCACACCAUCCCUUUGCAAGUGCCUAAUGAAGAAUGUGACAGGAGAGAGUGGCCUUGCAAGGGGGUUUGGAAAGAGUUGUAAUUUGUGCUAUGGUUAUGGUAUAUUUCUGAG